AUAUUCCCGUUAAUCUUUGUGUCAAGAUGGCGGGUGGUGAAGACAAUGGCCAUCGACGAAGGUCGGUAAGAAAAGCCUCUCAAAGUUCUUACAUUGUGAGCAGGAACGCAAAAAAUGAAUUGAGAAAGAAAAUUAAAAAGGUUUCUGCAAUUUUAAAAAAGCCUGAGCAUGAAAGAACAAAAGCAGAAAAAGCUUUAGUCAGUAAAAAUCCUGAUGCUGUUAAGACUUUUGAAAAGAAUGCUAGACGUCUUAAGGCUAAUAAAGAGAGAAUCUUAGAGAUUGAAGAUGAGCCAGAUUUAUUAUUGGCAAAAUGUGUCCAAUUGGCUGAACUUAUCCAAUCAUCCAAGUAUGUUGUUGUUUACACUGGAGCUGGCAUUAGCACUGCUGCUUCAAUCCCAGACUACAGAGGUCCUAAUGGUGUUUGGACACUGCUUAAAAAAGGACAGGAAGUUAGUGCACAAGACCUGAGUGAUGCUGAACCAACCUUGACCCAUAUGUCCCUUGCAACACUGUUUAGAGUUGGAAAGGUCAAACAUAUUGUAUCUCAGAACUGUGAUGGUCUACACAUGAGAAGUGGUUUUCCUCGACAUGCCCUGUCUGAACUACAUGGAAAUAUGUUCAUUGAGUGCUGCUACUCAUGUGCUCCACACAAAGAAUAUGUUCGACUGUUUGAUGUGACAGAACGUACAGGAGUUCACCGCCACUCCACAUCAAGACGCUGUAGAACAUGCGGUGGACAUUUGACAGACACCAUUGUACACUUUGGUGAAAAAGGAAAGCUGAAAUCACCCUAUAGAUGGAAGGAGGCUGUCAGAGCUGCCAAAAAGGCUGAUCUCAUUCUGUGUCUAGGCUCAAGCUUGAAGGUUCUGAAGAAAUACUCAUGUCUGUGGAGUAUGGACAAAAAACCACAGUAUAGACCAAAAUUGGUCAUUGUCAAUUUGCAGUGGACUCCAAAGGAUGAAGUGGCAACACUAAAAAUUAAUGGCAAGUGUGACAGUGUUAUGCUGCAAGUUAUGGACUUUCUAGGAUUUAAUAUACCAGUAUAUGAUAGGGAAUCCGAUCCAAUAUUUCAUCUGUGCACACCACUCCGAGCGCAUGAACUCAAAUCUACAACAAAGAAAAUACUCUCUGUGCCCAGCUCAGUUGUGAAAUCACCAAAGAUGUUGCGCAAAUUUAGAUCUCACUUUUCAAAACGUUCAAAAUCAUCCAAGAAUAAUUUAUCCCAAAGUCCAGUAGUGGAAUCUAAAUUGUCAACUCCUGAACUAUUAGUGAAUGAAUUAGAAGAAAAAACUGCUGUGAAACCUGAUAAGGACCAAGUUACACCGCCUGAAAGUGUGCUACCAAAUUUCCCUGUCAUUAGAACUUUACUCGGCACUCACAAGAAGAGAGAUGACUUGAGUAGCAGCAGUACUGACCUUUCCAGCGCAUUUAUUGUUGACCAGCAAUCUUCUUUACAUACAUCUCAGGGUAAUCCAUGCAAUUCAAGUUCUCAUAGCAAUCAUCUUCAGUCCAAUAAUCAGGACUGUCAACAUGACAAGUCUCACCCAUUCCCUAUUGAUGAAGACUGCUCACUAUGUUCCUUUAUCACAGAAGCUUCUCAUGAUAAUUCAAAAGACAAAAAUGGCCCAGAUAUUGUGGUUAUAAAUUUGGGCACGCCUGAAAAACAAAGGCUAUCUAAGGUUGGUCAUUUGUCUGGUCAGCAUGAAGGUCACAUCAACAAUCUCACAACUACUUCUGAAAGUCUUCCAGAUAACUAUUUGACUCAGGGGAUGUGUAAUAAUUUGCUUACCUGUCGAAAAAACUCAUCUCUGCAUACCUUUGCCAAAGCCAAACCCAGUUCUGUAAUCAGUGGCAGAGUUAUCAAACAUAAAGGGAGUAAAAAGAGAUCUCCAGAAAUCUAUGAUCUUUCUGAGGUGGACUUGAUGCCACAAUGUAUUUGGGGGUCUCAGAUUGAACUUAUACCUAUGCUAACAGAUGAAAAGCAACCAGUUAAUCAUUCAUCAUUUUCAUUAGAAACAGAUGAAAGGAAAGAUUGGAAGAUUAAGGAUAUCCCUCCUGUGGACAUUCAUCUGGAUCAUUGCUACACAAAUAAAAUAAAUAACCAUUUGAGCACAACGCUAAAAUUAACUGUAGAAGAAAGUGCAUUAGCUGACAUAAGCAAAAAGAAGCUUUACGCUACCACCAUGAUGCAGCUACUUGAAAGAGGUGUACAUAAAAAUAAUUCGGACAAGUAUUUUGAUAACAGAAGUGAUAGCCCUCAAACACUUAAUUCUUCUUCAAAUGACAGCAUUGUAAACCUUACAGAAUUUCCUACUGAAAAAUUGUUAGAGUUAUCCUGCCCUGUAAUUCCAUCAUGUGUUUUGAACAUGGAUGACAUGGAAAUAGAUCCAAGAGAACAGUCCAGCAGCCCAUCUGUGACUGAACUAAAUCAGUCUUGUGAGGAGAGACUACAGGGAGACAACCUACUCUCUCUUGAUUGUGUCUCCGGUCAAAUGUCUACACUGUCACAUGCAACUUCUCAUCUAAAACCACAGACUACGUGCCAGACAGACAGCACCUCUCUGGGAGAUACAGCAACCCCUAAACUACCUGGAUCACCUCAAGUUGUUUAUACUAGCCCACCCCAACAUCAUCAGGAGCUUCAGCAAGACCUCAACUCUAUCAAGCAUGACAGUGAAAAGCUUGAUAAAGAUCAUUGCCUUCAUUUAAAGAAUUCAUUGUAUAAACCAUCGUUAGAUUGUUCUGUUGGUGAAAAGUUGAUUCAAUUAAAAACAUUAAAGAAACCUGUGAUAUCUUAUUGUGAAGGUGCUAACAGUGAUUUAACUGUUGAUGAUCUCAAUAAAGAAAGAGAAAAUAUUUGCACUCCGUUGAGCAAAAGAAAACCUGUAGUUGCUUCUAUACCAGGCUGGUUUGGUAAAGGGCUUGGUUUUAAAAAGAAAAAAAGAUAAACUUGCUGAAUGUUUUUCCUACUUCAAGCUAGCAAGUGAAAUUUUUUUUUAAACUGGAUUACAUGUCUAUCAAACUAUUUAUUUGUAUAAAAUAAUUUAAAAGGCAGUUUGUGUACAAUAAGCAAAUAGAUAUUGCUGCUAAGCAAUAAGACAAAGUCAGUCAUACUUCUGUAUAGUGUCUGCUCAUUUGUAUUUGCUAGUAAUUUAUUACUAUUUUUUGUACAGAUGAAUUUGCUGCAUGUCUUUUUACUGUAUGUGUCCGGGUAAUUUUUUUAUUAUCAUUUUAUACUUUAAUUUGUGGGAACUUGAGAUUAAUUUUUUUGUUUGUGGUGUCUGUGACAAAUCCACCAAUGGCAUCUGAUGGGUUGGCGGAUAGGACCAGAUCAUUAUUGAUAUGUCAUCUCUUACAUUUACUUUAGAAAAAAUUUCAAUUUAAGCAUAACAAAUGUACACCUUCAAUAUCUUACAAUGCUGAGAUAUUUUUUCUUUACUUUGAGGCUACAUUUUUGGUUUCAUGGCUUUAUCAGUUUAGACAACAGAAAUUUUGGUUGGUUAUCUAAAUAAGGCUAUGAUUUUUUACUCUACUAAAUACAUGUUUUGAUUCCUGAUAUUUGAAAAAAUCUGGUUUAUUGUAUUACACGUUGUGGCAUAUUAAUUGUACUAAAAAUUAUUGCUUCACUAUGAACUUUGUAGCAAGGCUAAAAAAAAAUGUUAUGGUUUCUUUUCAAAUAUUUCUUAGUAUAACUUAGAUGGCACAGCAUAGUCCAACCCAUUUGAUGCCAUUUAAGAUGUGGCCUGUAUAUUUUUUCAUUUUUAUUACUGUAUACACUUCGGUAAUGUAUGUCACAAUUUUUUUAAAUUUGUUGGCAUAGGACUAAUUAUGUUAAUUAUAAAAAUCAAGCAAUCACAUUUUAGUCCAUAUUUAAACUUUUGAGAUCACAAUUGAUUCUUAGCAUUGUGUUAACUACAUUGGUGCUGUUUAAAUCUGGCAUGUUUUUGUACCAGGUUUAACUGCUUAAUAAAUUACAUUUUUGUUACUUGGUGAGUUCUGUAUUCAUUUCUCUACUGUAAUUAAUUAAUUUUUUUAAUAUUUAUACUAACUGCAUGACGAAUUGCAUAAGGAUUUUUGUUUUAAAAUAAGGCUAUGAGAAACAAAGAUCAAAGACUGCAAGUUAUAUUUCACCAAAGAAAAAUGUAAGAUAUUUUCCUGACAACUAUUUCAGUGUGAACUACAAUACUUGAAAUGAAUUUCCAAAACUAUACUACCAAUAGUCAGAAUUUU